AUGGGUGUUGAGGAAGGCGAAGCCCCUCGCACUACUACGACACCACCACCUCUGAGCUCACAGCUGCAAUCUUCCUCCCUCACAAUUACCGCCGAGAAGCGAGAUGUCUUCCCUCAGUUUCUCAAGGGGAAGCGAGUCUUGUUGGCCACUGAGUCCCUCGGGCCCGUGAAUGGAGUAAGUCGCACCACUCUGAUGCUGAUCGAGUACCUGAGGAAGAAUGGCGUCCAACUCGCCAUCGUGGCUCCUCACUCUAGACAGUCAAGGCUCAAGCCCGCCACGGGAGCCGGCCUAACAGAGUUUCGAUUGCCAGGUUACGAGCUCCCUUACAAUCCUGACCUGACCGUGGUCUACCCGUUCCAGCUUGAUGAGGUCUACAAGCACACCUUCAAGCCUGAUAUUGUAUACUUGGCCAGCCCGGCGUCCACUGGCUUCCAGAUGCUCUUCCAGAUCCGACAGUUGCAAGAUCCACCUGUGGUUCUCCUCAACUUCCAGACAGAUCUGUCGGCAUACAGUGAGAUUCUGUUCCCCGGACCUGUUGCCCGCUUUUCCGUCUGGCUGCUUGGAGUUGUGCAAGGUUUCUUGUUCAACCAUCGCUCUGUUCACACCAUCUUUUACCCCUCAUCCGGUGUCCGUCGGUAUCUUGAGAAGGCAGGCGCUCCCAGCAACAAGAUGGUCAGGCUGGGCCGAGGAGUCGACACAAGGUUAUUCGACCCUUCUUGCCGGGAUGGGGGAUACCGUAAAGAACUGGCGCCGAAUGGAGAGAUGAUAUUAGUAUGCGUCUGUCGACUAGCACCGGAGAAAGGUUUCCAAUUCCUGGCACAGGUUGCCAUACGACUAGCCAGAGACGGAUUUCCUUUCAAGUUGCUCAUUGUGGGAGGAAAUAUGAGCGCCGAGGUUGAGGACCAAGUGCAUCACCUGUUUGAUGCCGUGAAGGAGCACGUUGUAUUCACGGGGUUCCGCACCGGUGUCGAUCUUGCGCGAGCAUACGCCACCGGCGAUGUCUUCCUCCAUUGCUCCAUCACAGAGACCUUUGGCCUGGUGGUUCUGGAAGCGAUGGCCAGUGGCCUUCCCGUGAUCGCGCGUGACGAGGGAGGUCCUUCCGACAUCGUCAUCGACUCAGAGACGGGCUAUUUGGUUCCUCCGUACGACCUUGAGCAGUAUAUCGCUCUCAUCAAGCGCCUCCGGUCCGAUAAGAAGCUGCACUCGAACAUGGCGGUUGCUGCUCGCCGAUAUACGUGCGACGUCACGUGGGAGAAGAUCAACCAGAGAGUAGCCUGGCAAAUGACCGACGGACUCCGACAACACCUCCAAAUCAGGCAGCGGAGAAGGCCUAUCCGCAACUUCAUCGUCGCAAGAUAUCAGGGUGUCCGCGAUGGCCUUGUCAUUCCAGCAAUCGUCCAGAUCAGACUAUACCUGGCAGCCAUGGUCGUGUACAUCAUCUGGUUCCUGACGGCCUUCGUUCUGCUCUGCUACGGACACAGGGUCUUUUCGAGAGCAGCGCAACUUCUCCGAAACCCGCCGCUCGUCCUCCGGCGGGUACAAUAUCGUGCUCUGCCCGCCCUAAAACAUGGUAUCAGGGAGACUGUCAAGGGGUUGACCUCAGGAUGA